AUGCGGUCCCUGUGGUUCAGUGGGGCUGCUGAGCGGCUGGACGUGCAGUCCCUGUGGUUCAGUGGGGCUGCUGAGCGGCUGGACGUGCAGUCCCUGUGGUUCAGUGGGGCUGCUGAGCGGCUGGACGUGCAGUCCCUGUGGUUCAGUGGGGCUGCUGAGCGGCUGGACGUGCAGUCCCUGUGGUUCAGUGGGGCUGCUGAGCGGCUGGACGUGCAGUCCCUGUGGUUCAGUGGGGCUGCUGAGCGGCUGGACGUGCAGUCCCUGUGGUCCUGUGGGGCUGCUGAGCGGCUGGACGUGCAGUCCCUGUGGUCCAGUGGGGCUGCUGAGCGGCUGGACGUGCAGUCCCUGUGGUCCAGUGGGGCUGCUGAGCGGCUGGACGUGCAGUCCCUGUGGUUCAGUGGGGCUGCUGAGCGGCUGGACGUGCAGUCCCUGUGGUUCAGUGGGGCUGCUGAGCGGCUGGACGUGCAGUCCCUGUGGUUCAGUGGGGCUGCUGAGCGGCUGGACGUGCAGUCCUUGUGGUUCAGUGGGGCUGCUGAGCGGCUGGACGUGCAGUCCCUGUGGUCCAGUGGGGCUGCUGAGCGGCUGGACGUGCAGUCCUUGUGGUCCUGUGGGGCUGCUGAGCGGCUGGACGUGCAGUCCCUGUGGUCCAGUGGGGCUGCUGAGCGGCUGGACGUGCAGUCCCUGUGGUUCAGUGGGGCUGCUGAGCGGCUGGACGUGCAGUCCCUGUGGUUCAGUGGGGCUGCUGAGCGGCUGGACGUGCAGUCCCUGUGGUCCAGUGGGGCUGCUAAGCAGCUGGACGUGCGGUCCCUGUGGGGCUGCUGA